AUGGGCCAGGAAUCAAUUAUCCAACACCUACCACAAGAAAUCACCAUCAACAUCCUCUCAAGACUCCCCAUCAAAACCAUCAUAACUUGCAAACUCGUAUGCAAGUCAUGGCUCGAACUACUCGAGACUCGCGAGUUUGUCGAUUUCCAUCUAUCGAAAUCCCUCCCCGGGUUAAUCGUCUUCAAAACCACGAGAAGCUCGAAAAUACUCGAAUUUUUCGAACUUAACGACGAGCCGAAUCUCGAACACCACAAUGUCCACUACAAUCCGGUCACCGAGUUCGACCACGACUUGUUCCUUAGUCGCUCCACAUGCAUACAAGGCUCGGCUAACGGGCUUCUCUUUUUGCGCGAGGUAAACGCUCAGCCUAAUGUGCUCCACAUAUGCAACCCGAUCACGCGAGAAUUUAUCGAGCUUGAAAGCCAAGAAAAGUUCGUCUACUCUUAUCCCACGAUCGUCACUUAUGGAUUUGGAGUGAGCAGAACCACCGGCCAAUAUAAAGUCGUUAGAGUCUUCCACGAAUGCACACGUGAUGACAACACCAAUGAAUUGUUAGGAAUUCCCAAGUCCGAGUGCCAUGUGUACACGCUCGGGACGAGAUCGUGGAGAAAAAUCGCGCACGAUCACGCGAAACUAGAGUACAGCUGUCGUUCGACCGGCGCUUUUUCGAACGGCAAUCUCCAUUGGAGGAGAUGGCUAGGGGAUUUGUACGUGCUGAGUGGUUGUUUGUGUAUAUGCGACAAUGCGUCCGAGGAUGAAAUCGUAAUUUGGUUGAUGAGGGAGUAUGGGGACGACAAAUCGUGGACUAAGGAGUAUGUGAUUAGCAAACGACCGGAUUUUGCCGGGGAAUGUUAUGAGGUCGUUCGACCGAUGAAAGUUUUCGGAGAUGGCGAUGUUUUGAUGGCGUGGGAUGAUUACUUCUUGUUCUACUAUUCGGAAAGGGACAAAGUUGUUAGAAGCAUCGAUAUGUUUGGGAGCUUUGGUAGCAUAGACUCGUUUCUUCACAAGCCGAGCUUUUUUUCACUUACAAAUUUUCCUAUGGAGAAUGCAGUGUCAUUUUGA